CCCAUGCAGCUGAGCCGCGCCGCCGCCGCCCCUGCGGAGCCCUCGGCGCCGCUGUCCCCCGCGUCGGCCCCGGCCCCCUCCGGCCCCCUCCCGCACAGCGCGACCGACGGGGCCCUGGCGGGGGGCGAGGGGGGGCCGGGGCGCCGCGUGGAGCCCCCGAGCACCCCGCUCCCGGCCGCGAGCAGCCCCGGCCCCGGCGCGGGGAUGGACGGCCCAGGGGCCGGCGCCGUGGUCGUGCGUGUAGGCAUCCCGGACCUGCAGCAGACGAAGUGCCUGCGCCUGGACCCGGCCGCGCCCGUGUGGGCCGCCAAGCAGCGCGUGCUCUGCGCGCUCAACCACAGCCUCCAGGACGCGCUCAACUACGGGCUCUUCCAGCCGCCCUCCCGGGGCCGCGCGGGCAAGUUCCUGGACGAGGAGCGGCUCCUGCAGGAGUACCCGCCGAACCUGGACACGCCCCUGCCCUACCUGGAGUUUCGAUACAAGAGGCGAGUGUAUGCCCAGAACCUCAUCGAUGAUAAGCAGUUUGCCAAGCUUCACACGAAGGCGAACCUGAAGAAGUUCAUGGACUACGUCCAGCUGCACAGCACAGACAAGGUGGCCCGCCUGCUGGACAAGGGGCUAGACCCCAAUUUCCACGACCCUGACUCAGGAGAGUGUCCCCUGAGUCUGGCGGCCCAGCUGGACAAUGCCACGGACCUACUGAAGGUGCUGAGGAAUGGUGGUGCCCACCUGGACUUCCGCACACGCGACGGGCUCACGGCUGUGCACUGUGCCACGCGCCAGCGGAACGCCGCGGCUUUGACCACCCUGCUGGACCUGGGCGCUUCACCUGACUACAAGGACAGCCGUGGCCUGACGCCCUUGUACCACAGCGCCCUGGGGGGCGGGGACGCCCUCUGCUGUGAGCUGCUCCUCCACGACCAUGCUCAGCUGGGGACCACUGAUGAGAAUGGCUGGCAGGAGAUCCACCAGGCCUGCCGCUUUGGGCACGUGCAGCACCUGGAGCACCUGCUGUUCUACGGAGCUGACAUGGGGGCCCAGAAUGCCUCGGGGAACACGGCCCUGCACAUCUGUGCCCUCUACAACCAGGAAAGCUGUGCUCGCGUCCUGCUUUUCCGCGGCGCCAACAAGGAUGUCCGCAAUUACAACAGCCAGACGGCCUUCCAGGUGGCCAUCAUCGCGGGGAACUUUGAACUGGCGGAGGUCAUCAAGACCCACAAAGACUCGGAUGUCGUACCAUUUAGGGAAACCCCCAGCUAUGCAAAGCGGCGGCGGCUGGCCGGCCCCAGUGGCUUGGCCUCCCCACGGCCCCUGCAGCGCUCGGCCAGUGACAUCAACCUGAAGGGCGAGGUGCAGCCGGCAGCCUCCCCUGGACCCACGCUGCGCAGCCUCCCCCACCAGCUGCUGCUCCAGCGGCUGCAGGAGGAGAAAGACCGGGACCGUGAUGGUGACAAAGAGAAUGACGUCGGUGGCACUGACGCAGGCAGGGGCAGCCAGAGCAACAUCAGCCCGAGCGGCCCCGGCGGCCCCGGCGGCCCCGGCCCCGCGCCCGGCCCUGGCCCGGCGCCCCCUGCGCCCCCCGCGCCGCCGCCCCGCGGCCCGAAGCGGAAACUUUACAGCGCUGUCCCCGGCCGCAAGUUCAUCGCCGUGAAGGCGCACAGCCCGCAGGGCGAGGGCGAGAUCCCGCUGCACCGCGGCGAGGCCGUGAAGGUGCUCAGCAUUGGGGAGGGCGGUUUCUGGGAGGGGACCGUGAAAGGCCGCACGGGCUGGUUCCCGGCCGACUGCGUGGAGGAGGUGCAGAUGAGACAGUAUGAUACACGGCAUGAAACACGGGAGGACCGGACGAAGCGACUUUUCCGCCACUACACUGUGGGCUCCUAUGACAGCCUCACCUCUCACAGCGAUUAUGUCAUUGAUGACAAGGUGGCCAUCCUGCAGAAACGGGACCACGAGGGCUUUGGGUUCGUGCUUCGGGGGGCCAAAGCAGAGACCCCCAUCGAGGAGUUCACCCCCACGCCGGCCUUCCCUGCACUUCAGUACCUCGAGUCUGUGGAUGUGGAGGGUGUGGCCUGGAGGGCCGGGCUGCGCACGGGAGACUUCCUCAUCGAGGUGAACGGGGUGAACGUGGUGAAGGUUGGACAUAAGCAGGUGGUGGCUCUGAUCCGCCAGGGCGGGAACCGUCUUGUCAUGAAGGUUGUGUCGGUGACAAGGAAGCCGGAAGAAGACGGGGCUCGACGCAGAGCCCCGCCGCCCCCCAAGAGGGCCCCCAGCACCACAUUGACCCUGCGUUCCAAGUCCAUGACGGCUGAGCUUGAAGAACUUGCCUCCAUUCGGAGAAGGAAAGGGGAAAAACUAGAUGAGAUCCUGGCGGCCGCCACGGAGCCUGCACUGAGGCCUGACAUCGCGGAUGCUGACUCGAGGGCGGCCACCGUCAAACAGCGGCCCACCAGCCGGAGGAUCACCCCGGCCGAGAUCAGUUCACUGUUUGAGCGCCAGGGCCUCCCAGGCCCAGAGAAGCUGCCAGGCUCCCUGCGGAAGGGGAUUCCACGGACCAAGUCUGUAGGGGAGGAUGAGAAGCUGGCGUCCCUGCUGGAGGGGCGCUUCCCGCGGAGCACGUCGAUGCAAGACUCCGGGCGCGAGGGUCGCGGCAUCCCGCCCCCGCCGCAGACCGCGCCGCCGCCCCCGCCCGCGCCCUAUUAUUUCGACUCGGGGGCGCCCCCCGCCUUCUCGCCGCCGCCCCCGCCGGGCCGGGCGUACGACACGGUGCGCUCCAGCUUCAAACCGGGCCUGGAGGCGCGUCUGGGUGCGGGGGCCGCCGGCCUGUACGAAGCUGGCGCGGCCCUGGGCCCGCUGCCCUACCCGGAGCGGCAGAAGCGCGCGCGCUCCAUGAUCAUCCUGCAGGAUUCGGCCCCCGAGGCGGGCGACGCCCGGCCCCCGCCCGCGGCCACUCCACCGGAGCGCCCCAAGCGCCGGCCCCGGCCGCCGGACCCCGACAGCCCCUACGCCAACCUGGGCGCCUUCAGCGCCAGCCUCUUCACGCCGUCCAAGCCCCAGCGCCGCAAGAGCCCGCUGGUGAAGCAGCUGCAGGUGGAGGAGGCCCAGGAGCGCGCGGGCCUGGCCGUGGGCAGCCCGGGCCCGGGGGGCGGCAGCUUCGCCCGCGACCCCUCCCCGACGCACCGCGGGCCUCGGCCCGGCGGCCUCGACUACAGCCCUGGGGACGGCGGGCUGGCGUUCGGGGGCCCGGCCAAGGACCGGCGGCUGGAGGAGCGGCGCCGCUCCACCGUGUUCCUGUCGGUGGGCGCCAUCGAGGGCAGCCCCCCCAGCGCUGACCUGCCGUCCCUGCAGCCCUCCCGCUCCAUCGACGAGCGGCUCCUGGGGGCCGGGACCGCCACCGGCCGUGACCUGCUGCUGCCCUCGCCGGUCUCUGCUUUGAAGCCGUUGGUCAGCGGCCCAAGCCUUGGGCCUUCCGGCUCCACCUUCAUCCACCCGCUCACCGGCAAACCCUUGGACCCCAGCUCGCCCCUGGCCCUGGCGCUGGCUGCCCGGGAGCGGGCGCUGGCCUCCCAGACGCCCUCCCGGUCCCCCACGCCUGUGCACAGCCCUGACGCCGAUCGGCCUGGGCCCCUGUUUGUGGAUGUUCAAGCCCGCGACUCCGAGCGAGGACCCCUGGCUUCCCCCGCCUUCUCUCCGAGGAGCCCCGCCUGGGUUCCGGUGCCUGCACGCAGGGAGCCGGAGAAGGCGUCCAGGGAGGAGCGGAAGUCACCUGAGGACAAGAAGUCCAUGAUUCUCAGCGUCCUGGACACGUCCCUGCAGCGGCCUGCCGGCCUCAUUGUGGUCCACGCCACCAGCAACGGGCAGGAGCCCAGCGGGCUAGGGGCCGAAGAGGAGCGCGGGCGCGCAGGCACUCCAGAGCUGGCCCCUGCACCCACACAGUCAGCCGUGGUGGCAGAGCCCCUGCCCAGCCCACGGGCGCAGCCCCCUGUCAGUGCCCCAAAAGAACCUGGGCCCGGCCAGGGCAGCUCGGAGGAGGAGCCAGAGCUGGUCUUUACUGUGAACCUGCCUCCCGCCCAGCUGUCCUCUAGCGAUGAGGAGACCAGAGAGGAACUGGCUCGCAUUGGGCUGGUGCCACCCCCUGAAGAGUUUGCCAACGGGCUCCUUCUGACCACCACACUGCCUGGCCCAGUUCCCUCACCCGCCACGGUGCCAGGCCCGGCCUCAGGGAAGGCGAGUAGUGAGCUGCCCCCCGCCCCUGAGUCUGCAGCUGACUCGGGAGUGGAGGAGGUGGACACGCGCAGUUCCAGCGACCCCCACCUGGAGACCACGAGCACCAUCUCCACAGUGUCCAGCAUGUCCACCCUGAGCUCCGAGAGCGGGGAGCUCACUGACACCCACACCUCCUUCGCUGAUGGACACACUUUUCUACUCGAGAAGCCACCAGUGCCUCCCAAGCCCAAGCUCAAGUCCCCGCUGGGGAAGGGGCCGGUGACCUUCAGGGACCCUCUGCUGAAGCAGUCCUCGGACAGUGAGCUCAUGGCCCAGCAGCACCAUGCCGCCUCCGCCGGGCUGGCCUCUGUCGCUGGGCCUGCUCGCCCUCGCUACCUCUUCCAGAGAAGGUCCAAGCUGUGGGGGGACCCCAUGGAGAGCCGGGGGCUCCCCGGGCCUGAAGAUGACAAACCAACUGUGAUCAGUGAGCUCAGCUCCCGCCUGCAGCAGCUGAACAAAGACACACGCUCCCUGGGGGAGGAGCCGGCUGGUGGCCUGGGCGGCCUGCUGGACCCUUCUAAGAAGUCGCCCAUCGCGGCAGCUCGCCACUCUGCUACCGGACACUGACAGUCUCCAUGGCCAGACAGAACUGACGUGCUGAAGAAUGCAUUCCAGCCAGGAGGUGGCAGCAUCUGUCUGACCUGGGGGUCCUGCUCUCUGUCCACCAUUGGGAGCCUCUGUUCCCAAAACCCUCCUGGCGACAGACUUGGGGUUUAUGUACAGUCGUCUCACACAGAAGCGCAUGCAUCCAUUCUGUGGUUGGCACUAUUUAUUAGGAGUGUGUAACCAGUUCACUUGUGCUCUGAAAUCCCUGCACUCGAGCCCACUCAGUGCCCCCAAUCUGCCAGGUGCCUGAAAUUGCCUCUCCUUCGCAUCUCCCUGGGCUCCUGCUCACACUUCCUCCCUCUCCCUUUGCUCCCCUUUCUGCCCUCGGAGCAGGGUGCCGUGUGCCGUGUGCGCAGGGCACUGUGGUACACGGGAUCAUGCUCCCCGUGGCUGGCAGUGGCUGGGUCCUGUCGCGGCUGCUCUUGUCCUACAGACAGUGGUGGCUAGAGUCUGGCAGUCAGUUCUCAUUCAGUGACAACACUUCUGCCGGUCCUGCCUUGGAGACAAAUGUCCAAGAAGGCUCUCUCCUUCCCAGGACUGUUUCUGGUAGAGGCCCCAGGCACUGGCCAUACAUCACACUUCUGCUUCCUGUCUCAGUCCCACAUGUGUUCUAGACCCACUUCUGUCCUCACCUGUCAGACAUGCCCCUCUCUGCCCACCUUUCCCACUCAGGGGGUGCCUCAGUCCAGGCUCUGAUGUCCUUUAGCCACAAGAUACUCUGGGGCCUGAGAUCUUUCUGGGCGAGUUCAGCCGCCCGGUGUGUCAUGGAUCUGAAGCUCGGUAACUCGUAGGAAUGACCAGCCCAUUUGCUGGGGGCAUUCUUUGUUUUUCGGGUGAAGGUGGAGGAUGCAGCUGCUGGUUACUGCCUGGAAGGUCCAGCCAGGACCUUUGGCUUGGGGGAUAUUGAUACCAGGCCAUCCACCUGCUCUGUGAUCCCAGCUUUGGGUCUAGCCUGGGAGACAGAACGCUUGUCUGCUCAGAGCCCACAUUUUCUCUGAGGUCCCCAUCUGCCUGAACUCCAUUUGUCUUCCAGGCUCUGUGGUCAGAUCUGACCCCACAAGUGGUGUGGGGUCCACAGAGUCUCUGAGCCCCGCGGCAACACUCAGUUCUGCUGUGGCUGUUUCACAGCCGUAUGGCCCUCACAUCUGGCUUUAUAGGGGACAGUUUGUAGUGACAUAGCUUGGGAAACACCAAGUUAAAAGGUUUCUUGCCUGCAGUACUUCUUAAUGCCUUUGACAUGUUGUGUGCUGUAGUCUCACGCCUGUCAGCUUCUUCAGUAGAUCACUAGUCAGUGCCUCACAAAAGUUCCUGAGAUGCCAAAGAAACCCUUUCCUACUGGGCCCCGUCCUGUUCACAUGUGUGACAGGGAUCUGGAGGAAACCCCGUGUGACUGCAGGGCUAGUUCUUCUGAAACCUGGACAGACGCUUGCUGUGUGCUGGCCAGAGUGGGGGCGCUGGGGCCAGGAUGUCCUUGUAGGCGACAUGAGGUUGGGACACAUGCAAUGUGUUCCCAGAAGAUGUGAUGGGGGAUCGGGAAGGGGCUGCAGACGAGGGGGUGUAGGGGCGUUUGUAGCACGUCAAGGUUGGAGCCGUCAGCAGGGGUGGGCGCUGUGACUGGCGUGGGUGGAACUUACAAGCCUGUGUCUAAUUCUGUGCUCCUGUUCAGGCUUAUCUCCCUAAACGAGGUUCCCACACAACAGAGGCCCCAGGCCUUUGCCUGUCCUAUUUCAGCGCUGCCCCAGAGCCCCGAGGCAGAGGCCAGGCCAGAGAGUGGACGUGUUCUGGCCUGUUGACACCAACGGCCCACAAGUAGUCAAGCCUGGGAGUCAUGUUACUUUUGUUUGGUGUCAUUUUUUCAGUGCAUCUGUGUUCUUGGCUUUGUGUUAGGUACCACGAGUUCAGGGAAGCUGUGAGGAAGUGGGAUGCAAGGUCCUGGGUGAGACCUUGGAUUCACAGGUGGCUGGGCCAAGGAGCAGGGCUGGGUUACUGCUGGCAGCUGGGCACUGGCAGCCAUGAGGCUGACAUCAUGGGGAGGCCGAUGGUGGCUGCAGGCCCCUGGUAGGGGGAGGCCUGGGGGGAGGAAGAGCAUGUUUGGAGACCCAGACUGGCCAGGCCACCCAUGUGGGCACAUUGGCUGUAGCAAAGAUGGGGGAGAAAGUGCCAACUAAGAGGGCAGCUUGGGAAACCUGAGUAGGGAGGAAGGGUAGUGGGAAGGGCACCGUAAAAGGCAACAGGUCAGCAAGGGGUCCUGCUGACAGCCUGGCCAGACCUCACUGGCUGGCUGAGGUGUCAGGAGGCAGGACAGUACAAGAUCCAGACGCUGGAAGAGAUGCUGGGAGGCUGCUGAGCUGCCUGGAGGAGGGGUGCCAGGGCGUCAGGGCGAUGGGACUGUGUGUUACAGGGUGGCAGGCUGGCAGGUGCUGUGGCGUGGGAGCCUGGCUGGGGGCCAGUCAGACAGCUGAGAGGGGUGAUGGACAGUGAUGGGUGUGCAGACACGGCGGGGACUCCUGCCCUUGGGACGAUGUGGGCAGUUCCCUGUCCCCAACAGGUAGGGAAGGAGGAGCAGACACCUGGGCGGUGGUACCCCAGCCACUCCUGCUGUGCCCUGGACCAUGCCCUAGGCUCCUCUAGGCCUCCUGCCUCCAACAUGAUCUGGGUACCUUAGGCAUGAGCUGGCCCUCUCCCUCCACUCCAGCUUGGUGGCACAUGGCCCUUCAGUCCCUCACUCGUAGCACCUCCUGGCACCAGCCCCAGUCUAGCCGGUGCCCAACUCCCUGAACCCAGCACUCCUCCAAGGGAGAGUCUCCCCAGGUUCUCUGGAGCCCGCCCACCCUCACCCCAGGCCUCCGACUCACCCGUCAGGCAGGAGGGCUCCAGCACUGCCUACACAGACCAUCUUUGCAGCUUGGCUGUGAUCCCGUCAAGUCAUCAUUACACUUCUGUCCCAGGCUAGGGUUGCUGUGUGAGGGCCCUGGUGGGGGUGCCUGUGUUGGGCCCAAUCCCACAGGCCACUUAGCAUCUUCCCAGCACUGCCCCCUCCCUAGUGUCACUACCUCCGGCACCCACCACCCCCUUGCAGUGCCCCCUUGGACGUUCUUCUUGCCUCUGCUGCUCCACGGUGCCAUGGAGAUCAGGUUUGGUCAGACAGGGGCUUCUUCUGGUUGGUGUCUGUUCCUGGGCCCACCCCAGGUGUCCUUGGGGCUCCUCUCUGCUGGGGCGGAGGGCAUGGUCUCGCCUCUUCAAGAGGCUCUGCUGUGGGUUGAAUGAGUUGGGAGGAGAUGGUAGGAAAAGAGGCUAGGAGAGAGGGCCAGUGGAAGGAGGGACAGAACUGGGUCUCCAGGGAGAGGCUGCCCUGCUCAGGUGGGAGAUGAAAAGACAAAACCUGCUUUAAGGGGAGGUUGGAUGCUGAGAACACCCCAUGCUGUGGGAUGGGUGCCAAUUCAGGAUGGCACGAGAUGGGUGGGGGUGCCCCGAGGGGAUUCCUUAGCCAGCAGAGGCAGGUGGGAUGGAAGCAGAGUGGAGUGUGAGGGGACACGAGACAUCAGAUACCAGAAGCCUGCUGAGCACUUGCUGCACUCGGGGUUGGAGCCUGGCUGGGGGUGGUCAUUACAGCCUGUGGGUGCGACUCUGUGGUCUGUACCUCACAAACCAGAGAACAGGUCUCAGGCAAACCAGGAGCCAGCCAGAUCUGCCCCAGUCUGGGCUCCUCCCAUACCCCCAGCAGCUUCAGAUUUGCCCCCUCCCCCCAUCACACCUGGGCCCACUGCACUGGAGUUCCUCCCUCACUGGUUGUCCGGCCAGGGGUCCCUGCCCCUGGCUGCCCUGAUUGUGGUCGUGACUGUGGGCCGCGUGCCUGCUGUGUGGGCCGGGCUGCUAACACUCUCUCUCAUUGCUCUCUCCUGCCCAUCUGCAUGUGGCUGCUCUGUCUAGCUGCGCGGUGGUCCUGAGCACCGGCUGUGUAAGUGAGCAUGCUCAUCCCAUGCCUCUGUCCAUGCGCUGCACCUGGCCGCCCGGGCUCCGCUCUGCUCGGCUUCGCGGGGCUGCGGGGCCCCUGGCAGCCUCCUGAGGCUU